GUUCAUCUUAUCUACAUGUAAAAUGUUUUGUACAAAAGAAAAGUUCGGCGCGGGCAAAUGUGGCUGGGUAUAAUUUUAUUUAUUUAUUUGAGGAUCAUUUGGAUAAAAUUUUGAAUUGAAACGACUCAAUGAGGCAGGUAAAAUGGAGAGGAUUUGACUUUCCAACAUUAAUUAUGGAGGGAAUAUAUGAUUAGUUCAGCAAGAGGGUGAUUUUAUACUCGGAAACACUCGGUCAAUCAAUGUUAUCAAGUCAUUGAUUACUCAAGUCAAUUUAUUUAUGUUAACCAUUACAUAAUGAUGCAAUGAGCGAUUAAUCAAACUCGUUCAAGGACAAUUUUAACAUGGCGGAGUCUUCACCGUCGUCGUUAAUACCCGGCUUGACGGACGACGUAGCGGAGCGCUGCCUCUCGCGAAUCCCGCGAUAUGACUUUCGAAUCAUUUCUCAGGUCUGCCGGGGAUGGAGGAUGUUCAUCAAGAGCAAGCAUUUCGCAGACGUUCGAAAGUUGACCGGACCGGUGGAGGAGUUCAUGUGUGUUAUGAUGGAUGGUCGGUUCAUAAGAGAUCGCCAGUUCGUAAAUUAUUUGUACGGGGAAGUUUUCGACGCCUCGGGAAACAAUCUGGGACAGAUCCCUCGCGUCCCUGGGCCUUUCAAGAGCCGUUUCGGCGUCGCGGUGCUCGGUGGCGGAAAGAUCGUGAUCAUAGGUGGAUAUGCGGAGGUUGAAGGGUUUCCGGUCGAUGGGAACCGUAUCUCUGCUUCGGCCGAUGUUUACGAGUUUGAUCCUGCCUUUAACAGCUGGAGAAAUCUAGCGCCCAUGAACAUACCACGUUACAGCUUUGCAUUUGCUGUAGCGGACGGCCUUUUGUAUGUGAUCCGAGGCCGUUCCUCAGAUGGUAAACACCUUCUCAGCUCGGAAAUAUACAACCCGGAAACUAACCAGUGGAGCCUCAUGGAUUGUCCACACCGCCCCAACUUUCGAUGUGCCUUCGCAUUCUCCUUCAAUUCCAAACUCUACGUUGUAGACGAUAAAUCGAGGUUCAUCGAGAUAUAUGACCCCAAAACGGAGACAUGGGAAGAGUUAGACUCGGGACAAUCACUGUCGGUCUACUCCUACACUGUUAUUAGGAACAAAGUGUAUUUCUUUGAACAUAACAAGCCGGGACUGGGAGUGUUUGAUCCAGAGGAGAAUUCUUGGAGCUCGGUGUUUGUGCCUUGGGCCCCAGGUGCUUACUGGUUCAGACUAGGGGAAUGGAACAAUAAGGUUAUUCUGAUUGCACGGAUGGGGGGAUGUAAUGCCUUAACUGGUGACCUUGAUAAAGCGAACUCGUCCAAGUGGACAGCCACGCAGAUUAAACCAUCUGGUUCUUACCCGACCAUCGUUCUCAUCAACUUCUGACACCCCCCCCCUUUUUUGGCUACAUUGUCUUUGAAAAUGUGUGUAAUGUUUUGGGGCUGUGAGCUUUGUGUGUUUGACCCUCAACUUUGUCAAUGAUUCAUAUAUUUGUAGUGCGUAUGCCUACUAAACUUGUGUAAAUAUGUUUUCACAAUUAUUUUGCAUGGCUUUGUUUCUGAAGCAGAGGGAGAGAAUUUCAAAAACCCAUUCAUGAAAAGAUUUAGAACCUUGG